AUGGCUGCCACCAGAACCAUUCUUCCCGCCGUUGCCGUGAUGACCGUCCUAAGCACAGCGUCUGCAGCAAUCUACAACGUGGGCGAGCCGGGCGGCGCAUGGGACCUCAGCACCAACUACGGCACUUGGGCGUCCUCUAGGAAGUUCCAAACCAGCGAUCAGAUCGUCUUCAAGUACUCCCCUCAGGCACACGAUGUCCUUGAAGUCAGCAAGGCAGACUACGACUCCUGCACCACCGCUAGCCCCGUCACCACCCUCAACUCCGGGAAUGAUGUUGUCACCCUCAUCGCCACCGGCACCCGCUACUUCAUCUGCGGUUUCCCUGACCAUUGCGCGGGCGGCAUGAAGGUCAAGAUCGAUGUCAUGCCAGGCUCCUCUUCAUCACCCGCACCGGCCAGCGGUCCAAAUGCAAGCAACGCUGCCCCGCCAACACCUGUCUCCGCUGCAACCAAUGUGGAGGCCAUGGGGCUUGGCCUCGUUGUUUUGCUUGCCAUUGCCGGCCUCAUGGCUUGAGUGCAUCUCGGCAGUCGCAGGCACAUGUGUACGUUAUUGU